AUGGAGGGCAUGCCGAGGAUGCCCGUCAUCCUACCCGAAAUACGGGUGGCAGCGUCAGAAUUGCCCCCGGAAUUCGGCAUGGCCAUCAAAGAAUACAUCUUGAUCCACUUUGAUCAAGAGCCCACCGACUACGAUCGUGCAAUUCAGGAGAUUUGCAGCCUCAGACAGAAAGUUGCUCAUCCGACGCCAGAUAUUGAGAUGGCUUGCAUACUAAAGCGCUAUUAUGGGCAGCUGUUGAUGAUGAAAAGUCGCUUUCCAUUGGAAGAGGACGACGAAAUUGUGCGGAUGAAUGUCGGCGGCGAUGCAUUCUUUGCAUGGGCCGAUCAGUCGGGUGAAAUGCCUCAUAUUGCCGCACACAACGAUAUCAAUUUUGAAUCGAUCAAGACGGCAUUUAUGAAUUUCCAAUGCGCCGCCUGGCCCCUUCAACAGAUUCGAGAUAACAUCAGAGGCGAGCGCUUCAACACGAUGGACUUUGAAAAGGACCAUCUUACCUUCCAUAUGAACAUCCUCUUGGCGCAAGCCCAGGAAUGCUUGAUCGAAAAGAGUUUGAUCGACCAUCGAUCCCACGAAGUCGUUGCCAAGCUGGCGGUCCAUUUGCGAGAUUUGUAUCAGGAAUGUGGAAAGCACUUAGAGACUUCUUCCCUCAGCGACUCCGUGACUUCCUCUAGAUAUAGGGAAUGGCAUCGCACGUGUACGGCCAAGUCCGAUCUUUUUGGCGCCAUCGCAGCUCUGCAUAUGGGGAUGAAGCAUGAGGACGAGAAACAAAUGGGAUUUCGUCUAGCCUACUAUGCCCAUGCAAUGAAUCAUAUGAAGAGGGCAUUGCUGAUUUUGGAUAAAGAUAAGCGAGCCGAGCUUCACGUGUCCGCCAAUUUUUUGUACGAUGUCGUCGCAGCAAAGGAACAAAAUGCGCGGAAAGAAAAUGAUCUCAUUUAUCACGAGCGGAUACCGAAAGAUGAUGAAAUUUCGCUGAAGGAGGCCGUCAGUCUGUAUGAAGAGGAAAAAGCCAAACUGAAACGAACAGUCCUGGAAAAAGUCAACGCGAAGGAUAUAGAGCUCCAUGAAUUCUUGGAGCGGUUUGGGUUCGAUCGCCUGACUGCUGAUGAAAGUGGGGCCAUCCAACUCCCCGACGAACUUCUACAGCGCAAUGCUUCUUUUAACACCCAACCCGAUUCCAUCCCGCAACUGUUGGAAAAGUUGUCGAACGUGAGCGCAAAUGGGGAAACUACGGCCAAUCGAGUAGCUGACGUUCUUCGUCGACUCAACGGUAUUGAUCUGCCGAGCAUCCUGGAGGACGAGGGUUACAAGACGAUCCAAGCUGAAAUGGGCCGGAUGGCUGAUCAGCUUCACAUUACUCGAACCCGAAAUUCCGAAGAACAACGUCGAAUCGCAACCCAAAGCGAUGCUCUUCAUCUAUUGGCGCUUCCGCUGCCUCGAUUGACCGAGAAACUGUCCGAUUCGCAAGGGAAGCCAGGUCCCUCGGCCGAAGGUGUUGUUCUCAGACAAAUGCUCGACAAGACGAACGAAAUGUCGGCGCAGCGGGUGCUAUUGUUGCAACGAUUGGACGAUGAGAUGAAGCGGGAUAACAUUGGCAAGCGCCUCUUGGCCGAGAGGGAUCAGAACAAUACGGCAACCUGCGCUAAAGAGCUGGAAAAACAUGGAACCACCAUUCAAUUCAUUGAACAAAAUCUUGGUGCCCAAGAGAAAAUAUUGCACGCGCUAACCGAAGCAAACGCCGACUUCUCGGAUAUCAGACACAAGAUGGAGCGCGAACAAGCCGCACGACUCGAACGGGUGGCUCAGCUCGUCUCCGCUUUUGAUGUAUACCUGGAGGUGCUGCGGAAUGCAAAUAGCGCUCUAAAUGUUUUGGAUUCAAUCAAUAAACGGGUCGACAAGAUACUACCCGCCCUAGAUGCGAUGGAGACAGCUAAUUUUGCCGAAAAGGAGAAGCGUGAUGCGGAGAAGAGGGCAUUUGCUGAAAAGAUGGAGAGGCUGAAACGCGAAAAAGAAGCGCGCGAGGCGAUGGCCGAAUUUUCGCACGAUGCGAUGCCCAGCCCGAUGACCCCUCCCAUGGCCCCUGGGCGCCCAUCUCCAGCCUCGGGCUCAUCCGGCCGCCGAGACUAUUACGAGUUCUUCAAGUCAAAAAUGGGGCAGCCGCCAUCUCAGCCAGCCAUGGCAAAUCAUCAUCCAUACGCUCCGAUGCCACAGCCAAUGUAUCAGCCACAACCACCUCCGACAAAUCAGCAAUUUUCGCGUCCCUACUUCCCGCCAGCACAUCACAGCCCAUCGAUGCCACAGCCGCACCCAUAUCAGCAUCCACAUCCUGUCGAGCAUGCGAUGCCGACACCACCACCAGCGCAUCCCUAUACUCCUCCAGUCCCUCCCCAGACGGCCGCCGCUCCACCAUACCCGAAUUCGAUCCAUACAAGCCCGGCACAAUAUGCGAAUCGCCCGAUGCCAGAUCAUCAACAUUACAAUGGCCCAUCGCCGGCACUGGAUCGUUCGCCAGGAGUGCCUCAGCCAUAUCAACAGCCACAGACCCCCUACCCUGGAUAUUCACCGGCCGCUAGCUCGGCACCGGGUGUCACGAAUGCCCCGCAACAUCCAAUCCAGAAUGGGCAUCAAAUUCAACAUCAAGCGCAGCAGCCUCCCAUCUCCUUACCGCCAGUUCAACAUCAACAGUUGCCCCCCGUCAAUUAUGGAUAUCAGCAGGCUCCGGCUAGUGUACCACCACAACCCCAUCAACCCUACCAACAGCAACAGGCUCAGCCUCAAUUUGCUCAUCCUCCAGUUGGUCCCGCCCCUCCCACGCAUUAUCAACAACAGCAGCAUCAGCCUCAGCUGCAGAACCAGCAGAGACCCAUGCAGAGCAUGCAGCCAUUGGCGGCACCGGUUGUCCCCAGCGGACCGAUGCCGGCUCCACAAGGUUUCCAACCAGCCGGCCAGCACUUGUCGGGUGGAACGCCUAACAUUCCUCCAACUUCGUCGCAUGGCACUUCUGGGAUGCCGAUGGGUCAACAUUUUACGGGUCACCAACCCGCUCCAACGCCACCCCCACCCGUCAGCAAACCGGGAGAUACGCACGCCGUCGCACCGUCCCCCUUCCAUCCGAUUCAGCCGGCAAGCGCGGCUACUACCGCCCCUGUUAUACAGCCACAGCCUGUUUAUGGAGCCCCAGCCGGACACAAUGCCCUGAGCUCCGCUCCGUGGCAACAAGCUCGUGCUCAACCACAGCAGCAAUACAGCUCUUCUCCGUGGCACUGCGGUGUGAAUUGGCCAAAUCAAAAGCAGAACUUUGGGGCCCAGCCUGCUGCUCAAUAUGCUUCCCCACCGAUGGCACAGCCGCAAUCUCAGCCUCAACAGCCCUUCGCCGCCGCACAGCCACCCAUGAACAACGUUUCACAAGGAAAUAUGGACCUACUCGGCUCCCUCCUCGGCGACCUGCAGUUGCCGGCUGCAUUACAGCCUGUGUCGGGACCGGCGGCUGAACCGCGACCACCUCAGCCCCAAGAUGCCGUCGUCUCCCAAUCUCCCACUCAACCCAACAACUUUCCAAACGUCCCAAUCUCACCUCAACAACCCCCGAUUUCCAAUCCCAAGUGCCUAUCCGUUUCACCGGUAGCUACGAUGCCCACCGCUGUUGUAACUCCCAUGCCAAAGACCGCAUCUUCGGCAUCUUUUAACUCGUCGGCUUCCCAGGGAACCGAGCUGUCAAUAUCUAGCACCAUUUCCCAUCACUAUGGCCCGCCUCCGGCUACUCUAUCCACUCAUACGUCUUCUGCCAGUGUGCCCCCAUCAAGGAGCGAGGCCGAGGAGAAGCGCGAAAGCGGCCUCCCCGUCAAUGACCUCCUCGACCCUUCAAAAUUCUGCAUUGGCCCCGACUCUCGACAAAAACUGGAAAAGAAGCUGCUCCACGCCUCGUUCCAUGGCAAUGCCGCUCGCCCUAACCUCGAUCCCAAUGACCCCAUCAAUCAGUUAGACCCGUUUUGGAAGAAUAAG